AUGGCGAUGGUAUCCAACUUUAAAAGGGAGCUUGAUUCGCUGCAUGGGCUAGCAGCAGUUUUGGCUUCGUUAGUGUCCACUUCACCAAAGUUACCACUUGGAUAUCCAACCAGGUUGCCCAAAUCUAUCCUUGAUGUUUGCAAGAAGAUGCUGAUGAAAUCCAGCAGGAACCCUAUAGCAGCUUCUGUAGAAAAAGAAGCUGGGUGGAACCUUCUAUCGUCACUAUUGACUUCUGUGUCAAAAGAGGAGCUUCAUGACCAAGUUUUUGACAUUCUUGCCUUAUGGGCUUCCACAUUCAGUGGAAAUACUAAAAAUCCAAUGAACCUAGUUCAAGAUCGCACAUCAGAAAUAGGAGUGUGGUCUGCUGCCAUUGAUGCUCUUAUGUCAUGCAUAAAAUGUUUUCUUUCUUCUGAUCCUGUGGAUACAAUAUUGCUGCAACCUGUUCUUCUAUACCUCAACGGAGCAUUGUCCUUUGUAUCCCAGUUAGCAGGCAAAGAACGAGGUGGAGCAAGUUCUUCAAUGGACGUAUUUAUUGUUAGGGUGUUGUCAGCCUAUCAAGCACUCUCAGAUCCAUCUUUAUAUGAAAGUGAUCAUGCAUCAAUUAUUCAGAUAUGCACUACCCCUUUUAGGGAAGCGUCCAGAUGUGAUGAAAGCUCUUGUCUGAGGAUGUUGUUAGACAAGAGAGAUGCCUGGUUAGGUCCUUGGACUCCUGGAAGAGAUUGGUUUGAAGAUGAACUUCGUUCAUUUCAAGGGGGCAAAGAUGGUGUACUGACAUGUGUUUGGGAAAAUGAGCCUCCUAGUUUUCCCCAGCCUGAGACCAUAAGCAAGAUGCUGGUCAAUCAGAUGCUUCUGUCGUUCGGAACCAUGUUUGCUUCUCAGGAUAGUAGAGGGAUGCUCUCCUUUCUUGGCAUGAUUGAUCAAUGUCUGAAAGCUGGAAAAAGACAGUCUUGGCAUGCAGCCAGUGUCACCAAUAUUUGUGUGGGGUUACUGGCUGGACUCAAGACAUUGCUUGCUCAACGCUCUGAACCCCUGGGGAUGGAGAUACUGACUGCUACUCAGUCAAUUUUUCAGAGUAUUUUAGCAGAAGGUGACAUUUGUGCAUCGCAACGAAGAGCAUCAUCAGAAGGGCUUGGUUUAUUAGCACGGCUAGGAAAUGAUACAUUUACUGCCAGAUUGACAAAACAACUUCUUGGUGAUGUAACCGGCAAUGUAGAUUCUCACUAUUCUGGAUCAAUUGCUCUCGCUCUUGGUUGCAUACAUUGCAGUGCAGGAGGAAUGGCCUUGUCAAGUUUGGUUCCUAACACGGUCAAUGUUGUCUCAUCGCUUGCUAAAAGUUCAAUAUCAAGUUUACAGAUCUGGUCCUUGCAUGGACUUCUUUUGACCAUUGAAGCAGCCGGCUUGUCUUAUGUGUCCCAGGUUCAGGCAACACUUGGCCUGGCAAUGGAAAUUAUUUUAUCAGAGGGGAGUGGUUGGGUUGACCUGCAGCAGGCAGUGGGCCGCCUAAUUAAUGCUAUAGUUGCAGUCACAGGUCCGGAGCUUGCCCCUGGGAGUGUAUUUUUUUCUCGCUGCAAGUCAGCUGUUGCAGAGAUCAGCUCCUCCCAAGAGACCGCAACACUUCUCGAGAGUGUCCGCUUCACACAACAACUCGUUCUUUUUGCACCUCAAGCAGUUCCUGUACAUUCUCAUGUGCUAACUCUCCUUCCAACUUUAUCCUCAAGACAGCCGACUUUGAGACAUCUAGCUUUGUCCACACUGCGACACCUCAUAGAAAAGGAUCCGGUGUCCAUAAUUGAUGAACAAAUAGAAGAAACUUUGUUCUACAUGUUGGAUGAGGAAACUGACCCAGAGAUUGGCAAUUUAGCUCGUAGUACGAUUAUGAGAUUACUCCAUGCAUCAUGCCCUUCACGUCCAUCCCGUUGGUUGUCAAUAUGCCGCAAGAUGAUUCUUUCUACAUCAAGACAUAAUACAGGCAAUAGCAACAAUACAACGAAUGAUUCAACUGGUAUGGAUGGUGAAAGAACCUUGAGUGUUGGGGAUGAUGAUGAGAGCAUGGUCUCUAGCUCCAAACCAUCUCCAAAUCGUGGCCAUGCAUUUGACUAUUCUAGCCCCAACUUUUCAAGGGAUAAGCACCUCAGAUAUCGAACAAGAGUUUUCGCUGCUGAGUGCUUGAAUCACCUUCCUGAAGCUGUUGGUGACAAUCCUGCUCACUUUGACCUCUCGUUGGCGAGGGCACAACAUGCUAAGGGACAUCUUUCAGGAGACUGGCUGGUUCUUCAAUUGCAAGAGAUCAUUUCUCUUGCUUAUCAGAUAAGUACCAUCCAGUUAGAGAAAAUGCGGCCAAUAGGUGUUACACUUCUGUGUACAAUAAUGGAUAAGUUUGCAGCAAUUCCGGACCCUGAGCUCCCCGAUCACCUCCUUGUGGAACAGUAUCAGGCCCAACUGGUGUCCGCUGUCCGAAGUGCUUUGGACUCAUUAUCAGGCCCAAUUUUACUGGAAGCAGGCCUGCAAUUAGCCACUAAGAUGCUAACUAGUGGAAUUAUUAGCCGAGAUCAAGUUGCAGUCAAGAGAAUAUUUUCAUUGAUUUCACGCCCAUUGGAUGACUUCAAUGAUCUUUUCUAUCCUUCAUAUGCCGAAUGGGUGUCAUGCAAGAUAAAAGUCAGGCUUCUCAUGGUCUAUGCAUCUCUUAAAUGUUACAUGUUUGCAUCCUUAAGGGAACAAGGUGAUGAAAUUUCCGAUGAGUAUCUAGCUCUGUUGCCACUGUUCGCUAAGAGUUCAAGCACACUAGGAACAUAUUGGCUUUCCUUUUUAAAGGACUACAACAUUGUUCAUUUCCACUUACGUUUGGAUAAUUGGGAGCCAUUUCUUGAUGGAAUCCAAUCAUCAGUUGUAUCAGCUGAGCUGCACCCAUGUCUAGAAGAAGCUUGGCCUGUAAUUCUACAAGCACUGGUGUUGGACGCAGUUCCUGCAAAUUCUGAUUUGAUUGAAUCUCCUCCAACAGAUAGAAUAGAAAAUAUUCAUACGUCUGGACACGGCAUGGUGGAGUUUCAGAUUGAUGAUUUCAACUUUUUGUGGGGUUUCCUACUACUGAUUCUGUUUCAGGAGCAAGAUGUUACACCCAGAGAUAAUAUUAUACCAGUUUGUCAAAUAAAAUCCAAUUUCAGCAGUAAAAUCUUAGCCGAUGACUCCAGUUCUUCUUCAAGUUUGAAGAAUAUUUUCUCCUCUGUCUUUCAAUUUAUGUCCACCAAAAGUUUCUUCAGUUCUGGAUAUCUCAGUUUGGAUGUGUGCACAGAAUUACUGAAGGUAUUCUCAUAUCUAGUUUUUGAGGAAGAUAGAUGGGAUUAUCUUGCAGUCUUCUUUCUAUCACAGGUUAUUCAGAACUGUCCUAAUGAGUUCCUUUUAGUGGAGAGUUUCACGUAUUUGGCAACAGAACUAUGUCUAACUUCUCUCUUUAAAGUGCUAUUAAGUUGUGAUGGGAGUUGUCAGAAACCGUCAGGCUGGGAAGGAGAUAUUUCUGUUGCACUUAAUGCUGCUUCAACUCUAUUAGUACGCUCUGAAGCUAAGAUGCAGCUAAAGUUAUUGUUGCCCUUUCUCCUUAUUGCUUACAAGUGCAUCGGAGAAGCAUCAACUGAGAUGGCCCUUUCAAGAAUAACCUACUUUAGCCAGACUAUUACUUCUUCAUUGAAAAAACUCGGACAAUCUGAACUUGAGGCUGAUGGCGUUACACACUUUGUAUCAAUAACCAGAGCUAGUGUAGAUGCAACAGUUAGUCUGACUAAUGACUGUGUCCAAGCAAUUCAUCAACUAGAAGAGAAGAGGUCCAACCUGCGCAAGAUGCUGCUGUUGAAGCUUUCCUAUUCAGUGGAACAGCUUUUUACUUAUGCCACUCUAGUUUAUACUUUCGAAGGUCCUAGAGAGAGACAAGAAAUGAAUCCUGUCUUUUAUAGAGUUUUGCAUCAUAGUAUUGAGUGUGCCCGAGCUGUGCUUACUGAUCCUGACAUACAGAUUCAAGCAGUUGUCUUGCAAGUUGUGAAAGUCAUGCUGCAAAAGAGAAUCGGUGCAGAAUCUGAUCCUUUCUUAAUUUUCUACCUUGGGGAGCUUGUCGGCGAUAUAUUUGUCAUUCUCCACAACAUUUUAGAGAACCCUAUUAACAGAGAAGCAGUUGCUAUUGCUGGGGAGUGUCUCAAAUUUCUAAUGCUUCUUCAGACAGUGUCAAAAGAGUGUGAUUAUGAGAAAGGCCUAAUACAUCUUAUUCUGGAAUCUGUUCUGAUGAUAUUUGCGACAUCUGAUAGCUCUCUUUCUCCGGAGGCUCAUGAUUUACAGAGCAUUGCUGUUAAGCUUGUCGCACAACUUGCUCAAACUCCUAGUUCAGCAUCUUCUGUCAAGGAUAUUCUUUUGGCAAUGCCUACUACACGAAGACAGCAGCUUCAGGAUAUAAUCCGUGCUUCUGUUGUCCAAGAUAAGAACCCACAACCCAUGGCAUCCACUGGACCACCCCUAGUGAUAAAGUUACCUUCACAGACUCCGCAAAUUGUAAUGAAGAAUCCUGUUCCAUUAGCAGACCCCCCAGAGGAGUCUAAUAACAGUAGUGUGGAAGACGAAGAUGAGGAAGAUGAGGAAGAUGAUUGGGACACUUUCCAGUCUUUUCCAGCUUCAGGCAAUGAAACUGCUCCGGCUCUGGAAAGAUCUCCAUCCAUCUCGGGCGAUGACACUGCUCCAGCUCUGGAAAGAUCUCCAUCCAUCUCAGGCGAUGACACUGCUCCAGCUCUGGAAAGAUCUCCAUCCAUCUCAGGCAAUAACAGUGGAGAAAACAGUGAUGACCAAGGGCACUCUCCUAGCACUAAAGAGGGCUCCAACACAGAAGAUCAUGAGUUUGGUGAAGCUGCAAGUACGUCUUAUAUACCCGAUGGUAACGAUCAGAUAGAAAAUAGCCAGAGACCUCAAGAUGGUUCUAGCGAUCAUCAGCAGUCUGUUGUGGUGUUUCCAGGUGCAGAUGAAGUGCUGCCUAAUAUUCAGUCCGAUCAAAUUGAGAAUCAGCAUACUUCACCUUCUGUGAAAUCACCCAAGAAGGAAGACAAUCAAACUGUUUUGGAUGUUCAAUGUAUAGAUAGCACAGACUCAUAUGAAAAUCCGUCUAAUGAGCUUUGUUUGGGGAUUUCUCUCACCUUAGAGCAAUGUAGUCAACCUACAGAAUUAUCAGCUGAUAAUGAUGAGCCAUCUAUUGAGCAUCCUCUUGAAGAGAACAAUAACAUUGACCAAAACAUCUCAGUGGUCUCAACCGAUGAUUCUGAAGACGCAUCUGCAGUAGAGGAAUCUAAUUCAGGGCAUCAUGAGAAAACGAGUAAUCUAUAUGAGCAGCCCAGUUUGGCUCCUAAUGAUUCAGAAAACGGAAGCACCAUGUUGGCAAGAGAGUAACUUUACAUAAGUAGGCCAUGGGAGUGGUUGG